UAGUAGAUAUAAUAUAAAGUUUAGCAACUCUUCUUUGAAAUUAUCCGUAAUAAUAAAUUUUAAUAUAUGAUUUUUAUAAAUUUUAGUACAUAAAUUUGGUUUCAGUUUAUAUUUGUUUUGCAUACCUUCCUUAUAUUUUAUGACUUCAAUGUACAAAUCAUUUUUCGCGCAAAAUACCACAGAACAAGAUAUAUAACUACAAAGAUACGGCGUAAUAUUUAUACAGGUCUUGUGGCCAUCGAACGCCGACAUAUGCAACAUAACAUUUACCAUCUAAGAGAUUUGUAAAAUAUUUUAAAAUAAAAUGAAAAUGGCUUGGAAACCUCAAGAGGAAGGUUUGGAACAAAUUCUAAAAUUACUAAAAGCUUCACAAUCACCUAUAACUGAAGUUCAAAGAGAAGUGCAGCAUAAACUUGAAGAGUUGAACACAUAUCCAGAUUUCAAUAAUUAUUUAAUAUUUGUGCUAACUAAAUUAACUGCAGAAAAUGAAUCCACAAGAUCUUUAAGCGGAUUAAUACUCAAAAAUAAUGUCAGAGCACAUUUUCAUAAAUUCUUACCCGAUGUCGCAGAAUUUAUUAAACAAGAAUGUUUACAAGCCGUGGGUGAUCCAUCACCUCUCAUAAGGGCAACAGUCGGAAUACUUAUCACAACUAUUGCCAGUAAAGGAGAACUAGGUGCAUGGCCUGAACUUUUACCAGCCUUAUGUCAAAUGCUAGAUUCCAAUGAUUAUAAUAUUUGUGAGGGUGCAUUUGGAGCUUUACAAAAGAUAUGUGAAGAUUCAGCUGAAUUUUUAGAUAGUGAUGCACUAAAUAGACCUUUAAAUGUCCUCAUUCCAAAAUUUCUUCAAUUUUUUAGACAUACAAGCUCAAAAAUACGUUCUCAUGCAAUAGCUUGUGUUAAUCAAUUUAUUAUUGGUAGAGCUCAAGCGUUGAUGUUACACAUAGAUGAUUUUAUAGAGAGUCUUUUUCACUUGGCUUCUGAUGAAGAUCCUGAGGUAAGAAAAAAUGUCUGCAGAGCCCUUGUGAUGUUAUUGGAAGUUCGCAUGGACAGAUUGAUUCCCCAAAUGAAUAACAUAAUAGAGUACAUGUUAAUGAGAACACAAGAUCCAGAUGAGGGAGUGGCAUUAGAGGCUUGUGAAUUUUGGUUAUCCCUAGCUGAGCAACCAAUUUGUAAAGAAGCACUAGCUCCCCAUCUUCAGAGACUUGUUCCAAUCCUAGUCAGAGGAAUGAAAUAUAGCGAAAUUGAUAUUAUAUUUUUAAAAGGAGAUGUAGAAGAAAAUGAGAUGGUGCCGGAUAGAGAAGAAGAUAUUCGACCUCGUUUUCACAAAUCAAAAUCUGUGAAGCACACCGUUAGUACUGGUGGUGAUGCCGAAAACAACUUAAAUCAUUCAACAUCCGAAGAUUUUGAUGAUGAUGAUGAUGACGAUGACUGUAUUGAUGACGAUAGUUCUUUAUCAGAUUGGAAUUUGAGAAAGUGUUCGGCAGCUGGCUUGGAUGUUCUUGCUAAUGUUUUCAAGGAUGACCUUCUGCCUGUAUUAGUGCCCAUUCUAAAAGAAACACUAUUUCAUAAUGAAUGGGAAAUAAAAGAAAGUGGUAUACUUGCUUUGGGUGCUAUUGCAGAAGGAUGCAUGAAUGGAAUGAUACAACACUUGCCUGAAUUAAUACCAUACCUUAUCAGAUCACUAGGAGAUAAUAAAGCACUUGUGAGGGCCAUCACAUGUUGGACUUUAUCUAGGUAUUCACAUUGGGUAGUAAGCCAACCACAUGAUUCAUACUUGAAGCCUUUGAUGACUGAAUUGCUUAAGCGAGUUCUGGAUCCAAAUAAACGUGUUCAAGAAGCAGCAUGUUCAGCCUUUGCUACAUUAGAGGAGGAAGCUUGCACAGAACUAGUCCCAUACUUAGGAUUUAUUCUUGAAACAUUAGUAUUUGCAUUCACAAAGUAUCAACAUAAAAAUCUCCUUAUAUUAUAUGAUGCUAUUGGUACACUAGCAGAUUCUGUAGGACACCAUUUAAAUCGACCGGAUUAUAUCAACAUGCUUAUGCCACCUUUAAUACAGAAAUGGAAUGUUUUGAAGGAUGAGGAUAAAGAUUUAUUUCCUUUACUUGAAUGUUUAUCCAGUGUUGCGACAGCAUUACAAUCUGGUUUUCUGCCGUAUUGCGAACCUGUCUAUAGGAGGUGCAUGUCACUUAUUGAGCAAACCUUGCAUCAGCACAUU